CACCGACAGGCUCGACUUCGGCAUUGAAUGGAAUGAUAUUAGCUGUAAAAGCCAUGACAUAGGAAUGGAAACUGGAUGUAGAGAUUUUCGAGUUGACCUUAGUCCUUAUCUGUGGAUUUAACUUGGGCGACACUUUUCCCUUUAUUCAACUUUACGGUGUUCCUGUUUGUUUGUGUGUGGAGCGGGAACCAAGUGUCUGCUAGCCUGAAGCUACCAGCCAGGCUAGGUAACGUUAACAUUAGCUUUAGCCUAGUGAGCUAGUCAGUUCUGCUCCAGCAACAUAGACCAACAACAGAGCAAACAUGGUUGAAACUAUAUUUGACCUCCCGGUCGAAAAGCAGAUAUUUUAUGCUGUUUUGGGAUUUUCGUGGACAGUGUAUCUAUGGGAGGCAUACCUUUCUUACAGACAGAGGAGGAUAUACAGAUCAACAACACAUGUGCCCCAGGAGCUAGGGAAGAUCAUGGACUCUGAAACAUUUGAGAAGUCACGUCUUUAUCAGCUGGAUAAAAGCAACUUCAGCUUUUGGUCUGGACUCUACUCUGAGACUGAGGGGACGUUGAUCCUGCUCCUUGGCGGAAUCCCGUUUCUGUGGGGCGUUGCUGGUUCUGUGACGACUCGCUUUGGAUUCGGUUCGGAGUACGAGAUCAUCCAGUCCCUUGUCUUUCUCACACUAGCCACCCUGUUCAGUGCCUUAACUGGACUUCCCUGGAGUUUGUACAAUACAUUUGUCAUUGAGGAAAAGCACGGCUUUAAUCAGCAGACAUUGGGGUUCUUCCUCAAGGAUGCGCUAAAGAAGUUUGUUGUGACUCAGUGUAUCCUGCUGCCUGUGACCUCACUGCUUCUGUACAUCAUCAAGAUUGGUGGAGACUACUUUUUCAUCUAUGCCUGGCUCUUUACCCUGGCUGUCUCUCUGGUACUUGUUACCAUCUAUGCUGAUUACAUUGCUCCCCUCUUUGACAAGUUCACUGUAUUGCCAGAUGGAGAGUUAAAGACGAACAUUGAGGCUAUGGCCAUGAGUAUAAACUUUCCCCUCACUAAGAUUUAUGUUGUUGAAGGUUCCAAGCGUUCAUCACACAGCAACGCAUACUUCUACGGGUUCUUCAAGAACAAACGCAUUGUGCUUUUUGACACUCUACUGGAAGACUACUCGCCUCUCAACAAGGCUGGCGAGCCACAGUCCGAGUCGCCAGAGAGUGAUGAGUCAUUGGGGGAAUCAAAAGCCAAGCCCAAGAACAAGAAACAAGGCUGUAACAACCCAGAGAUCCUUGCAGUCCUGGGGCAUGAGCUUGGCCACUGGAAGCUUGGUCACACUGUAAAGAAUAUUAUCAUCAGUCAGAUGAAUUCUUUCCUGUGCUUCUCCCUGUUUGCUGUUCUGAUUGGACGCAAGGAACUGUUUGUAGCUUUUGGCUUCAAUGACAGCCAACCCACAUUGAUAGGCUUGAUGAUUAUCUUCCAGUUCAUCUUCUCUCCAUACAAUGAGCUCCUGUCCUUCUGUCUGACUGUUCUGAGCCGCAGGUUUGAGUUCCAGGCAGAUGCCUUUGCACGCAACAUGGGCAAAGCCUCCGAGCUCUACUCUGCUCUCAUCAAGCUCAACAAGGACAACCUGGGCUUCCCUGUGGCUGACUGGUUGUUCUCCAUGUGGCACUACUCCCACCCUCCCCUCCUGGAGCGCCUCAGGGCGCUGGGCAAUGUCAAGCAGGACUGACGGGGCUGGAAGGGGGAGCGGCGACCGCUGCCUCCUCCGAAGGGCCUCCGCAGACCGCUCCUGGCCCUGUGAUGCACCCCAGGCUUUCUUUACCCAUUGGCAACCCCUCAUCUUGUUUUAUCAUGUUUUAGUCUUUUCUUCACUUCCUAUUCUUUCCAUUUUGUUCCCUUUGAAAUUUUAUUUUAAACAAAACCAAAACAUAUCAGCACAAGGCAGCCUAAAAAAAAUCAUAAGCCUGUACUGAAGUAUUUUCUCUUUCUCUAGAGACACCUAAAAUGCACUUGCUGAGAACAAUAUAUCUGGGCAAUGUGUGUUGCUAUUGUCAGAACACAGGUCAUGAUUUGCAGAUAGUUUUUGAAAUAGUAACUAUAACUUUGUCCUUUUUUUUUUUUUAAUCUAAACUGGGAGACUAACAAAGACAGUUUGUCAUUUUCAAAACCUGGAAUUUUACUUCCAACUGUGUGUUUCUGUUGUGAUGUGGACAUGGCAUCCAAGAGCAAAAGCAUGUAGAGAAGGUUUGUCCUGCAAGUACUCUACGAGAGCUAAUACAGACACGGUAGGUGGGCAGACAGAUGACUUCUUACAACACUCAUGACAAUACUCUGCAGAUACACAGGCCAGAAUUUGAUUUGUCCCUCAAGUGCAACUGUUGCUUUUUUUUUCUUUUAAAUGCAGUAUCUGGGCGCGCUCAAGAGAGUACAUGUUAAUCCAGUCAUCAACUCAAAUUCCCAGUUUUGCAAGAGGAAAUAUGUAGAUUCUUUAUGGUGGUGAAAAAAAUGUGAGUGCCUCUAAUUAUUACUGUUUUUGUUCAGAUAAUGGAAAUGUUAUGAACAGAGCAGUGCAGAAAAAUUUCAUUUGAAUUUAGGUUAGGCUUGUGAUUUUUGUUUUUUACAUGCAUUGGGGGGGUCUUGUUUUACUUUUCUAUAGCACUUGCUCGCCAACAAGGGUGCAACCAUACCUGUACAUAUGUAACUUUGAUGAGUAGAGUAUUGCUGUAUGAAGUGAAUUGUGAAAUAUGUUGAAUGUGGAUUGAACUUUUAAGUUGAUACAGUGUCUUUUAGUUUCUUCUCUUGGAUUUUGGGCCGGAGUGAGCGCAGAGUUGUAUUUAUAGGGGAUUUAAGGGAGGGGGUCUGCGAGGUUCCUUUCACCAAUAAGCGGUUGCUUCGUUUGUUCAAAGAGAGGACUGUAUACUUCCUUUGCAGUGUUGAAUAAAAUCCUUCAAAGCA